CUUUCCUUGUACUGUUCCUUGUAGAAUUGUUUUGGCAAGUCCUGUGGAUCUUGUGACAUGCCCAUAGGACUUGUCAAAACAAAUUACAUAUUGUAAUCCAUGUCGACUUUUCGUCUUUUUCAGAAGUUAUACUUUCGACGGAAAAUCUUUGUUCUUGCAUGUGUAUCAAUAUCACUGAUGCGAUGCUGGAAGAAAAGAAGAAAGAAAUAGAGGAAGAAUUGAUAGUUGAUGUGAGAACCACACACAAGACCAAAACUAAGUUGGAGAGCGCCUACGACCCGCGAACCUCCGCCAAAAGCAUCGGGAUUGUAGGCGUGGCGUUCCUCAGCCUUGUCUUCGGCUGUAUCGUCAUGCUCGACCUGUCGACCCUCUACACAUACCUGGGCACAAAGAUCGAAGGUCACCAACACUUCCUCACAGAGCGGCAGAGAUACAACAACUUCUCUGACCGGGGUCCGGGUCUGGGUGGCGGGAACAACGAUGACGUCAGAUCCAACAUACACCUGGGCGACCUCAGGGACCCGCUGUCUGGGUACAACACCUCAGCGCCCCCCGCCCAUACACAGCUGGUCGUCCCGUCUACGAACACAGGCGCGGGGGCGGGCUCUACUACACACUCGGGUCAAGGACGGGGUGAGAACGAGGCGGGCGAGAAACGUUCUGACCACGCACACAGUUCUCUGACCUUUCCCGGCUCACCUUGACCCCGCACGGGGUGACGGUAGUGGACGAAGAGGGUCAGACAUUCAGGGCCAGACGUCCGUCCUGGUCGCUCAGACAACAAACUGUUCAGCCCCGUUUGCCUCACAGGCCAUCAGAGACGUGCUAAGUGUGCGAACACAGUGAGGCCAUCAGAGACGUGCUAAGUGUGCGAACACAGUGAGGCCAUCAGAGACGUGCUAUGUGUGCGAACAGCACGUGCCAUCAGAGACGUGUUAUGAGAGCGAACAGCACAGGCCAUCAGAGACGUGUUAUGAGAGCGAACAGCACAGGCCAUCAGAGACGUGCUUAGUGUGCGAACACAGUGAGGCCAUCAGAGACGUGCUUAGUGUGCGAACACAGUGAGGCCAUCAGAGACGUGCUUAGUGUGCGAACACAGUGAGGCCAUCAAAGACGUGCUUAGUGUGCGGACAGCACAGGUAAUCAAAGACGUGUUAUGAGGGCAAACAGAGUGAGCCAGUCGCCGUU